CCUGGAGAGGCGGCCGGCGGAGCCCAGGCUGGGAGACAUGAUUCGUAGCGUCCUCCGGCUGCUCCUCGGCAGCUUCCUCACCGAGGUGUGCGCCCGCGUGUGCCGGGUGCAGGAGCGAGCGGGGCACGGGCAGCUGGCUCAGCUGGGCUGCGUGGUAGUGCUGGCGCGGGGAGGGGGGCGUGCAGCCGCUCUGGGGGCCGCCUCGGAAGAGGCCAGCGACGGCGCGGGGGUCUGGGACGCGUCCCCUACCCGAGCGCCCACGCCGAACUUCUGCCGGGGCUACUUCGGUAUCAGGGACGAGUGGGACCAGCCGUUCAAUUGUUCCUCGGGCGACUUCAUCUUCCGCUGAGGGACUUGUGACUUGCGAUUCUGCUGCACGUGUUAAGAAGCGGCGACUGAACCAGAGCACCUGCACCAACUCUGACAUUCCGCUGUGGCUCAACACCCGCAAGCCUCCAGCGCGCAAGGACGGCCCCCUGCACCACCCCACGAAGGACAAGACCAACCGGAUCCUUUACAUCAUGUGCGGGGUGCUGGCCAUCAUGCUUGUAGGCAUCUUCACCAAACUGGGGCUGGAGAAAGCGCACUGGCGGCAAAGGAAGCCAAGUCAGGAUGACCCCCUCGGAAGCCUGGAGAACAGGACAGGAUUGGAGGACCACGUUCUCCUGGAGCCUGGGCUCGGGUACAGUGUGGAAGCUGGUCCUCCUGGCCAGGGAGACCUCCUGAGCAGCAUGCUACCUUCCUCCUCGGUGCCAGAGUUGAUGACAAUUACCAUGAAAGCCAAGUUGUGGAAGUCUGGAUGUUUCUAGUGUCUUGCCUGGUUGGGCUUGUUGCUCUGCGGUCAAAGCUUGUCCAUAUUUUGGCUGACCAUUUCCGUCUUGGCUCUCGUGUCUUCGGAACUCUGUGGAAGCUUGCCGUUAUUACUGCCACCGUUGCAAUUUGUGCAUGUCUUAUUUACCUCUGGAGAGUUGUCCUUGCAACAGAGCCUCCAGUAUAUCCAGUUAAUGUACAGCAAAAAACUGCAAAGAGCAACACGUUGGAGAAAGAAAACACAGAGCUGGCUGAAGCAAUAUCCAUGUGGGAACAGAAGAUACAUCUUCAAGAAGCUAAGAGAGAAAGUAACAUUCACUCUGCUGAAGCUCUUAAGUUGAAAUCAGAAGAUGCAAACGGUCAGUUGGAGGAACUGAGAGCCUGGAGGUCCAAUAAACGUGCACUGGAAGCAAGGAUAAAGGACGUGGAAGACAUUCGUAAUGCUUUGAGUUCUACUAAAGCAAUCAGGGAAGAAACAGCCAAAAGCCUGAAGGAGAGAGGAGACGUCCUUGAUGAAUUCUAUGAAGAAAGAAAAAUGGCUACAGCAAAGAAUCUGGAUAUGACAAACUGUGAACUAGUGGCAAUGAAGAAUCAGAUGGCAACUGCAGAGGAAAAUCUGAAAAUAGCUACAAGGGACAUAGACAAGUGCAAACAGGAAAUUGAACAAACACGAGAACAGCUGCAGAAGGCAGAACUCACCUUCACACACCAGGUCGCAGUUUAUGAGCGUAAUGCUGCGGAAAACUGGAUCAAGACUCAGAUCUGGGAGAUGAAAAUGGCGGGACAGAGCCGGGAGAUCGCCCGCUUGAAAUACAGACUGGUUGGGAUGGAAGGAGAGAGGCUGGUUGAGGCAUACAGGAGGUGGAGACCAAUGCCUGGAAGUCCAGAGAUGCAGAACGCUCCGAGGAGAGAGCCUUCAGCCGAAGCUGGUGUCACUCCCAUGAGUCACAACUACAAGCAGUCUACCAACAAUGCCGAGAAGGACAAGGGCAGUGUGGAUCCGUGGCGACCUCCUCCAUCAACUGGAAGAUUCUGCACACCCUACCCUAGAGGCCACCGUAUGAUCUCCUGUGCACAUCCACCUCCUGUGCCAGGUUCGGGACCAUCCCGAAACCCUCCACCUGCACCACUUGGGCCUUUUUCAGAUCCACAUGUUGCUCCUGUGAGUAACAACAACACUGACUCUACCAAAAGGAUCACGGAGGACAAGGCCAUUAUGAAUGCAAGAGGGCCUGGUCCUUCCCCAGGAUCGCCUUGCAGGCUGUCCCCCAUGGACCACCCUUCACCACCAGUCACGGGCGAUGGGCCACCUCCGCCUCCUCCCCCAGCUCCUCCACGUACUAAAUUUGGUUUGCGUCUCCGAAAGUUCCCUCGCAAUCUCCUGAGGUUUUGCCUGUGUUCCUGCUGUGUCAGCUCUAACACCAGCUCUCGGCGGUCAUCUCAGAGCCUCAGGAGAAUGCGAACUUCGUGGACCCUGAACUAUGACCAAUAGGCUGUGGUGAUGUGAUAUAUUUAGAAAAGUUGUCUGGUAUGCAUAUUUGACUGAAUUCUUUCCCUGACCAUUCCUGUCCCCUCUAUUUUGUUUUUCCUCGUUUCCCUUAAUAAACCCAUCACAGUUCUGUA